UCCGGUCACAAUUUGUUUUUAAUUCCUAUUCAACUGCCAGUACCGUUAACGCAAAUUUUAACUUAACAACGUCAUUUUAGCAGAGUUAUGUCAAUAUUAAAAUUUCUACACCGUUAACCCUUCCAUAAAACUGAAUGUUAAUUCCGUCGUCAAGUGUUAAUUAAUUCGUUUAAAUUAUGACGAGAGCUCCUUGGCUGGUAUAUAUUGUGUUUAUAAUUCGUUUAGGGCGUGUAAUGUUGUUAGAAUUGCCAGGGUCUUGUAAGGUGGGUGAAUAUUAUGAGACGGGAACGAUGACAUGUCAGUCGUGCCCUGUUAACGCUUCGAUGGUGACUUCUAGUGAUGGUUUUUCAUGUUCAUGUGAAGAGUCCAGCAUUCCGCUGAACCCUGGGCGUUGCAAACCAUGUGGCGCCACAGCUCUGGUGUCUACAGACGGUGCAACCUGCGUGCCAAGAAGGUGCCAAACAAGUGCCGGGCGGACGGUGUGUCGACGAUGUCCAGUGGAUUAUGUGUCGGUGACCCAGAACUUCGACGGCUCUCCGAUGAAGGAGGUGGUUUGCGUGAAGUGCGCGCGGGGCUUCAAGGCCGUCAACAACGCGUGCGUGCGGUGCGCAGCAUGCGUGUGCGCAAAGAAUGAGAUGGCUGUAAGAGAUGUCUGCGUUCCGAAGAGCUUCGUCAGCGCGCGCCCGAAGUACGAAGGUGUGCUGCACCCCUUAGCUGUACUGGACAUUAUCAAACACGAGUAUCUGUGCAUUAUACACGACUACAUAGCAUGCCGCAAGCUAGCCAGCGAGUGUGUGAACAACUUCUAUUCGAGUGAGGCCGCUGGCCCGUGUCGGCUGUGGCUACAGCGAGGCUUAGUGGCACAUAAAGGUCUUCCUCCUCUACUAAUUGAGUCAGCUAAUGACAAGGAGCCCGGGAUAGAACUGCCGCGGGGCAAAGAGUCAUUGAAACUAGCUCUCACUAUACACACAUCUACCGGAGGGCUGAAAAUACUGCAGUAUGCUAAGGAUGUCAUUUCACCUUGUUUUUCGGCAAUAGAAAUAAACAUAGGCAAGGAUUUUUCACGAGACUGUGUUUACAAUAUGACGGAUCUACCUCUGACGGACGGGGACACUCUAGCGCUACACUUACAAAGGGGCGAUGAUUUCAUCCCAUUACCAGUAGCGCUGCGGAAACCAAGCGGCACUCUUGUUCAGCGAGCGACAUGGCCCUCGAGCAAGUUUCGCCGGUAUUUUGUCGUACACAACUCUCUCUCUCCGACUAAUUCUACCUACAUGAUCUACCUGAGGACACUUCUUAUACAUUUACGCAUGCAGAGAAGCAAGUCACUCAGCACGCAUCUGACGAUCGAAGCACAGUACGCCACGAAGCAGGCGUAUAGUCGCUCUGUCACAACUACCCUGAGGGUCGAGCAUGAGAUGCCCAGCGCUGGCGUACUUAAAGGACUUGAGGUACGUGAAUAG